AUGACUCAUUUCGUUGGUGUUGACUUUAAUUCAUUAUAUCCUUCAUCAUUUUCAUCUAAUCCUCAUGAUUUCAUUCAAUAUACUGACCAUAAAAUGUAUAUGCCGGGAAGAUUGAAUGGUGUUAUCAUUUGUGAUACAGCAACAAAGAAAGCAAAAGCACUGGGAAUAAUUAAGAAGAAAAAUACUUUAUUCGUGGCUGAAGUAAAGGGUCACAUUGAUGAAAAAUACAUUAAUGAUUACAUAAACUUUUUACCAAUAAUAAGAAACUUAGAUAUUAUCACAGAUGAAAAAACAAUUGGUGGUUUUAUGUAUAAUUACAUGAAAUCAAACAAUCUACCAGUUGACCAGAAACAGAGGAAAUUAACUCAGUUAGCAUCAACACACAACCAAUAUCAACCAUUUUCUUCUUAUUAUCUUUGGUAUCUAAUAGACAGAUUUCAUUUUAUCAUUGAUGACAUUCAAUCAAUUUUAACAUUUACGAAAAAUACUUGUUUUAAUGAAUUUGCGAAUGAAUUUAUGAACGAAAGACAAAAGGCUGAAUUAGAAGGAAAUAAAGGAAAAAGUUUAUUUUGCAAGAUUUCACUUAAUGGAUCAUAUGGUUACGAUGCAAUGAAUACACAAAAUUACGCAAAGACUAAAAUAAUGAAUGCACAGAAGGCACGCGUUGCAUGUAUGUCAAAUAAGUUUAAAAACAUAAGAGAAAUAGGUGAAGAUACGUAUCAAGUGAUGCUUAAAGAUAGAUUUUAUAGAUGUGAUACAUGUUUACAAGAGGCAUUCUUCACUUUAGAUAAUGCAAAAUACUGGUAUUUGGUUUUCAUUUAUGAUUUUAUGUAUAAAUGCAUGGAUGUUAAUCGUUUUCAUUUCAUUGAAGGUGAUACUGAUUCAUCUUAUUGGGCAAUCGCUGGCGACCCAAAUCUUCCUAACACUCAAGCAUUUCAAGCAAUUGUUACCGAUAAAAAAUUUUAUGAUAAAAACAUUUACAAAUUCGCACCUUUUGAUUUCUUCUGUUUUAAUGAGAAAUUUAAACCUAAAUUAAAGAAUAAAGCUGAAGAAAAAGCACAUGAGAAGAAGUUAUUGGGUUUAGCAAUUGAGAAACAAGGUGAUAACAUGGUUGCUUUAUGUCCUAAGUGUUAUACUUCAUUCAACGGUUCAAUUGAUGGAAGUGAUUUUAAAAAGAUUGCACAAAAAAUGAAAGGAGUUAGUUUACGACAAAAUAAACAAUUAACACCUAAAAAUUAUUUGGAUAUAAUAAAUGAUAAAGUGAUAUUUGAUGGUCAGAAUAUUAAUUUACAACUUAAAAACGGGUCAAUGACUCGCUUAACAAUCGGUAAGACUGCAUUAACAGGAGCACACACUAAGGCUGUAUGUUGUGAAAAUGGAUGUUGUAUGCCAUUUAUUUAA